AAUCGUGAUGAUGGAGGGACAUACAGAUAUCUACGGUUUUCAGCAUCCAAUCAACAACCAGCCGUUACUAUUCCAUUAUCUCUGCCAGAUACUGCAGGAUCAUCUCAUUGCAUCUUCAAGGAAAUCGACUGAGCUUAGCAAGAAAUGGGAGGAAUAUGUGAGCAUUAUUGGACACGUCUCUGCCAUCAAACAGGAUGACCUGAGAGAACUGGUGUAUGAUGGGAUACCAACGGACUACCGCAGUGAGAUCUGGUCCUACCUUGUCCUGCAACAAGUCAAGCAACUCAAAGCUGAGAAAAGUGAGGAUUAUUUUCAGUGGCUGUGUAAUCGCAUUGGGACCUCCUCCUCAGUGGAUAAAUACAGGAGACAGAUAGAUCUGGAUCUUCUACGUACCAUGCCCCACAAUAUCUACUUCAAUAGCAAGGAUGCCGAGGGGGUAAAGCAGUUACGACAGAUACUAGAGGCGUUUUGUGUUCACAACCCCAAGGUGGGUUACUGUCAAGGCAUGAACUUCAUUGCAGGAACUUGUCUGCUCUUCAUGGAUGUGGAAAUGGCUUUCUGGUGCAUGGUUGCUGUAGUUGAGUCUUACUUUCCAGCCAACUACUUUGACAGUAGUCUGAUUGGUGCACAGGCCGACCAGAAUAUUCUGAAGGACAUCCUGGAAUUGAGACUACCCCGACUCCAUGCCCAUCUGGAUGAUAUAGGCAUUGAGAUGUGUUCAUUCACACUGAACUGGUUCCUGGCUAUAUUCUUUGACGUUGUCCCGUUCACGAUGCUGCUCCGUAUCUGGGAUUGUUUCCUGUUUGAUGGCCUACGGGUCCUUUUCCAGUUCUCCAUCGCAUUGCUUCAGUACCAUGAGACAUCAUUGUUACAGAAGAAAGACAUCUUAGCGAUACUGAAAGACACCAAGUCCAUGGCUAAGCUAACGCAGGAUAUUCAAGCCAUUGUCGAUAUUGUUAGAGACAGCAACGACAAUUUCCCAUCCUUGGCCUGGAUCCAGCAAAAGCAGCAGCACUACAUAAACAUCCUGCGAGCUGUCUAUGAGCAGCAGGAGAAAGCCAGGGAGGAGUUUGAGAGACAGGAAGGUCUCGCGCCGGCCACACCCAUCUUCCAAAGUGAAGGGGAAGACGGUCUUGUACAGGAUCUGAAGAUGGAUUGUGCAGUGGAGUGCUACUCAGGUCACUUACUAGUCUGCCGUGGAGAGUUGAGGCAGGGUUGGGUUGGACGAGUUGAUAUUGGCAAAUGCAUCAAACAGAACUAUGGAAUAAGGUUGGACAACCGCAUUGUGUGUUUAACCAUGGCUGGCAUUGACAUGGCACUAUUGGGAACGGUCUCAAAUUUCUUGUAUGCAUUCAGUAUCGGAACUCAGGAGGAGCUUUGGUUUGAGAGGUUACGAGACACUCCUCUAAGUAUCGUCUACAAUCCACAAACAAGGAAUGUAUACAUUGGAUUAGCAGAUGGAACACUGGCUGUUAUUGAGGGUGUGAGCCAUGCCAGUCCCCGGGAUGUCUUCUAUCACGCCAUCGGUGCCAGCCCAAUACGCAGCGUUCUCUACCUCCCUAAGCUGGACAAGAUAUGGUGUGCCUGUGGUAACGCUGUCAGCAUCCUCAACAAUUCUUUGAAUGCCAAGGAUGGUUUUGAGAUUUCCAAGAGUCCUGAUAUCCACAUCUCUGGGCUGUACCUCGGUGAUCAUGGGGUCUGGGUUACUGUCCGUGGCUCAGCUAUUGCAAUGUUGUGGGAUGAAGAGCAGCUGCAGUGUGUUCUACUUCACGAUACCUCCACAGACCAAACGCCAAUCUUCACCAAGCCCCAUGAAAGCCUUGCCAAGUCCAAGAUCACCUCACUUCUUACCUAUAAAAACACCCUGUGGGUGGGCACAGCUGAUGGCCACUUAACCAUCUACACAACUGUCAAAGUUGUUGGGCCAGAAUCUUGUUUAACUCUGGAAAAUGGAGACCAUAACCAAAUGGAGAAUUCUGAAGAAUCAGAUAAAGACUUGAAUAAUGAGGCAGCAAAAGAAGGACCUGAGGCUGAGAGAGCUGAGGCUGUUGGAGAUGAUGUUGUGAGUGAUGAUGAAGAUGAUGUGAAACCACAGAACACCUCCUCUCAAACAUUGAAGGAGUUCGUUGUCGUGGUAUCGUCCAAAGGGUUGCCAGAGUCUCAGCCUGGUAGUGACACUGAUACCAGUACCAGAUCACAUCUGCCUCAUCUUGCCAAGGUACAAGACAUGCCUGGGACCAUCACCAGCAGCGAUGAUGAGCAUAAGCCUAAGGCUGGGCCCAAGGCUGUGCGAAAGCUCCGCAAGGGCAGCCGUAAGGGUCACAACAACCCCCGUGCACUGCGUAAGAUGUGGCAGGCCCGCCAGAAAUCCUCCACCUCUGUGGAACGGCAAGAAGAAGAGCUGUCCCCCCGAAGCUCCAAAACCAUGGAGAAGGUCCAAUCUGUGUUUGGGAAGCUCACCCUAGGGACAACAACGUCAAAGUCCAAGCAGUACCGCUACAGCCGGGAACUCCGGGAUGAGACUCGACGUGGGUCCAAGAUCUGUCUGAAUGAAACCUCAGAGCCCAGUACCUCAACCAUGUCCCUGAUGUCACUUGUAGAUGCUGAGUCCACGGUAUUACGACCACAGUCACUCUUGUCUAGAGACUCAAUAGGAGAUGUCUACACCCAGUAUGCAUCCAGACCCAGACCACCAUUGUUUGAUGCAUCUGAGAUUGAAGUCCAUCCAGGAUAUGAACUUAACAUUGAAGCUAAGAGAAAGAUCUCUGAUUAUCAGGUCCGCUGUCUUGUGUUAACAAGUUUGGAAGAUGGGGAGCCUGCCAUUGUUAGCUGUGCCGGUUUCUAUGGCGAUGAUGAAUCAAUGCUACGCUGGACUUGCCACAUGCGUGAGGUAUGUGCAAUUAGAUUACAUGUAGCUAUGGUGUUGUCAUGGCCAACUAAUUUACCUGGUUGUGACAUGGAUGUUACAUUGGCAUCCCCACUAUCCUAUGUGUGUGUGUAUGAGUUUUGUCAGGGCAGCCAGGAACCCAUUUCUACCUUCUCCUGA